AGGUCCUGUCCGCCCCCUUUUCUACCCUCAGCAGAAGCAGCUUCAGUCAGCCUGCACAGAGAGAUAACCGCUCAGAGACGAGCUGCUUCCUGCCUUCCUGCGUUCAGUAUCACUAAAAUCAUGACAAACGAGUCUCUUCAUGUCAACAUAGACAAGUGGAUCGCAGAGAAUGAGAAUUCUUUCUUUCCUCCAGUGUGCAACAAACUGAUGUUCUUCCAUCAGUUAAACAUCAUGUAUGUCGGUGGCCCCAACAUACGCAAGGAUUAUCACAUAGAGGAGGGUGAAGAGCUGUUUUACCAGUUUAGAGGAGACAUGGUCCUGAAAGUGAUCGAGAACGGAAAACACAAAGAUGUGCAUAUCCGUGAAGGAGAGAUGUUUCUGCUGCCAGCACGGAUCCCCCACUCUCCUCAGAGGCAGGCCAACACGGUGGGUCUGGUGGUGGAGAGGAGGAGACUGCACUCAGAGACAGACUGCCUCCGGUACCAUGUGGAGAACAGCACAGACAUCCUGUUUGAACGCUGGUUUUACUGCGAGAACCUGGGCACCCAACUAGUUCCAGUUAUUGAGGAGUUUAUGGCCUCAAAGCAGCAUAAGACUGGGAAACCUGACCCAGCUGACCCCAUCAAGCCAGCGCCUUAUCCACUCAACAAUAUGAACGUAAUGACCCCAUUCUGCUUCAAAGACUGGGUAGAAAAGCAGAAGCCUGCACUGGCCAGUGGACGACCUGUGGACAUGUUUGGAGCCCAGUUUGAGACUGAGACUAUUCUCUAUGGUCCAGGAGAGACCGAGCCUUCCAAAAGAACCACUGAUGGCUGGAUCUGGCAGCUGGAGGGGUCCUCGAGUGUCACUAUGAAUGGCCAAGAGUACAAUCUCUCAGUGGGAGACUGUCUUCUAAUACUUGGACAGACUGAGUAUCGCUGGAAGAGGCCAAAGGAUUGUGUUGCUUUAUAUGUUGCUCAGAAUCCAGAGAGGAAGAGGCCUUACUAAAUAGUGGCAGGAGAACUUUCACUAAUGAUCUCCCUCAGCUUUAAAUCUCUCUGACUACAUUCCCUAUAAAUAGCGUGGACUUUAAUUACAGUGGAAGAAAAAUGUGUUUUAUUUGAAAGUGGCUGUAUUCCUGAAGGUGUGUGUCAGCAAUUUGUUUGAACCAACUGCUUUAGUCCUUGUAAGACAGUGUUGUAGGAGAAUUGGAGAUCAAUGCUGGAUCAACUUCAGGUUACUGUAUGGAUCAAGAGAGCUUAUUCUAACAUUAGCACUCAAAGAAGCAGAAAAUCAAAUGUACUAAUAUUAAUGUCAUUUAAGCAGGUGAAGAAAAAACUGUAUAUACAGUCAUGUGCAAAUGUUUGGGUGCCCCUGGUCAAAUGACAUGUUUUGUUGAUCUAAGUGAAAGUCUACACAUCCUCUACAGAGAACUCUCCUGCACAUGUUAAUACACUGACACUUUAUUAGAUGAAUUUAACAUAUUGGAAAAAAUAAAUAAAACAAUGUGGCUUGUGCAAAAGUUAUGGCACAUUUUGUAUUAUGUUUUAUGUUUUCUUCAUUGUUUGUUAAACUCAGCAAAUUGAUGAAGAGCUUUGGUCCAAAAUGCAUUACUUUUUUAUUUUUGGGAGUGGGCUUUAUACAUACGAUGAUGAAUACCACCUUUAUUAGAGAAAAAAAAAUGUGUUUUCUGUUAAAUGUCAGCUGUUAUUCUUUUCAAAAACUGAUUACAUCCAAAAUUGUUGCAAAUGGAUAUACAGUGUUUUGGAGCGAAACUCUUCAAAUAGAAACUGAGCACCAAAUGCCACAUUUCAAGAUUCGAGAUUCAAGAGUUUUAUUGUCUGUGUUUUUUUAAGUGUGUUCUCUGUAGAGGAUGUGUUAACUUAUUUUCACUUAAAUCAUCAAAACGUAUACUUCGACCAAGGGUGUUCAAACUUUUGCAUAAAACUGUAUUUUUUGUAAAACAACCUGAGAUAGCAAUGAAUGUGUAUAGAUUACACUGUCUAUAGCUAAAUAAACAGCCCUUUUCUCAGUUCUUAAACAGA